AAGCGGAAAAGGUGUAACGCCGCUUGUGUGCGUUCAGUGCUGCGAGCGAAAAACAUCACAAAGAUCUCCAGGACCUCCAUGUGCCAUUAGUGUGUGUAUGUAUGUGUGCGUUUGUGUGUUAAGCGUGUUUUCAGUCUUGAGUGCUUUGCGUGCUGCACCGUCCCGUGGUGUGCAAUGUCUUCCGAGUUGCUUGUGGACUUGAGCGAGGACCCGACGACGGCACAGCUGAGCCACCUGAAGCUGGCCACUUUAGAGGACCACCAAUGGCCGGCGGAUGACGCUGCUCUCAGCAAGUCGGAGACUGAUGUCUCUCAGCACUUUGAUGCCGGUUCCCCGCACCUGCCCUGGGACCAUCCCUUCUAUGACAUCGCCCGGCAUCAAAUCAUCGAAGUCGCCGGUGACGACAACUUUGGCAGAAAAGUGAUCGUCUUUAACGCCUGCAGGAUGCCGCCCCAGCACCAACUGGACCAUCAGAAGCUGUUGAUGUACCUGAAAGGAACAUUGGACCAGUACGUGGAAAGCGACUACACCCUGAUCUACUUCCACCACGGACUGACCAGAGAGAACAAGCCGUCGCUCAGCUGGCUGCGGGACGCUUACAGGGAAUUUGACAGGAAGUACAAGAAGAAUAUCAAAGCCUUGUAUAUUGUCCAUCCCACCAUGUUCAUCAAGACCCUGCUGAUCCUCUUCAAACCCAUCAUCAGUUUCAAAUUUGGAAGGAAACUCAACUACGUGAGCUAUCUGAGUGAGCUGGAGGACGUGGUCAAGUGCGAGCAGCUCGUCAUUCCAGCCCGUGUCAAAGAAUACGACAACAAGCUGAGAGCCUCCCUGAAGCCGACCUCCUUGCCUCCUGUGUCCCCUCCUCGCAGUCCUCCUCAGCCCAACCAGGUCUUUGGGGUCCCCCUUGAAUUGUUGAGGAAGAGAAGUCCAGAUGGAGAUCCUGUUCCUGUAGUCAUGAGAAACACAAUUAGCUUCCUGUCAGAGCAAGGUCUGGAAAUCGAGGGAAUCUUCCGACGUUCCGCCAAUGUGACUUUGGUGAAGGAGAUUCAACUCCGAUAUAACUCAGGCGAAGCCGUGAACUUCCGAGAGAUGGAAGACGUCCAUUUGGCGGCCGUGAUCUUGAAGAAGUUCCUGAGGGAGCUGCCCGAGCCGCUGCUGACCUACCAGCUCUACAACGACAUUGUCAAUUUUGCCUCUGUGCCCAGUGACAGUCAGGUGACUGUCAUGAAGACGUUGGUGGAGUCGCUGCCGGAGGAGAACUACGCCGCGCUCAGAUACCUAAUCACGUUUCUGGCACAGGUAACGGCCAACAGUGACGUGAAUAAGAUGACCAACAGCAACCUGGCUGUGGUGUUUGGGCCCAACCUGCUCUGGGGGCGGGACAACGCCAUGUCACUCAGCGCCAUCGGACCAAUUAACAACUUCACCCAAUGCCUGUUGGACCAGCAGCACUUGGUCUUUGCCUAAAGUUGGUCACUUGUCUGUUUUCGCCACUAGAGGCAGAGUGAGCCAUCGAAUGGCACUUGGACCGACGCAGCCUUGCUCUAAAAUGCACAUUAAGAAAAAAGAAAGAAAAAAAAACAUCCCCAGGAUGACUUUAAUUGUGUAUUUUGUCACCUGGGAUUCUAAUCGGGCCCCGCAGCAGCGUGGCGAGUGCGCAACAUCAAGUUGAAACGUGUAUCCUGAGAGCUUGGCGAGAGAACAACCGUGCAAAUAUAAACUUUUAACACCUUCGCAACAAAAUAGAUUUCCUUG